AUGAAGUCUCCCUCGGCCGCUGGCGCGAAGGAGGAGCCGAAGCCACAGGAUGGUGAGUGGACGAGUCAGGAGGUGGAACAUAUCAUCAAGAAGGCAAACGAGCUGAGUGCCGGUCAGGAGAAACGGUCGGAGCAGCGCGAGCGAGCGCUGGAGAAUCUGAUAAGAGCCCAGGAGCUAUUUGAGGCCAAGGACAAAGAGUUUACAGAAUGCCAGGCGCGCUACAACCAGGUGGCCAAAGUGCUCAGCGAAAAGCGGGCAAAGCGCGAUCAUCUGAAGGACCAGGUCGAUGAGUGCAAUCGAAUGAUGGCCGGAUUGGUGAAAACCACUCUGGAUCACUCGAGAAAGAAUCACGCCUUUGGCAAGGAGCUUAGCGCGUCCCUGAACUCGGGUGAGAGGGCCGCCAUGCGGGGCUUCUCCUGCCACAAGGAGUCUGGGCCCAGCA